AUGGCUUCACUCUCGUCUCCCCCGCCGCACCUCUCUCACUGCACGCCCUACUGCACCUCCGAUCCCGUCCUCGGCCACGUCCUUGUCUUUUACAACCCCUUCUCAUUAACCUCCUCCGCUGCGACCUCCAGGAUCGAAGCUCACAUCCUCACUUGCGCUGGUCUCCAGUCAUACCCGAAACUAAUCCUCUCUCCGUCCUCCCCCCUCUAUGCGGCUGUCAACCACCUCCCACUACCAAAACAAUCAGUCGAAGUAUACCGUGGCCUCGCAAUCGCAGUCCUUAAAUACUUUUCAGAGCUUCCCAAAGCGAUCAAAGAGAAGAUACUUCGCUCAAAAUCAAACCUACCGCAAAAUGGCGAGGGCCAGGCUGUCGCGUUUGACGAGAUGCACGCUGGAGAUCUCGCAGCGCGGCUCAAAGAGGUGGAGAUGGAUGGAUUAGUGGGGGAUAUUAUGCCGGCCCUGAGCGAGCGCUUUGUCAGCUGGCUGGAUGUAGAUCUAGUCAUCAGAUCUCCGAAUGGGGAGGAAGUAACGGAAGAGGCUAUGAGCGAUGGGGUUGAGGAGCUUCUCAGUCAUUUCGGAGACCCGACUCAUUUACCCUUUACUAAACUAAAGCGUGCUGCAAGCAGGCCUGCAUCCGCAAGACCCCAAUUGAAGAUCAAUGCUGCAGCUUUAGAACGUGAACUGGAGGAGCUACGAUAUACAGAAGCUAACUAUGUCGCAAAGCUACGGGAUCUAAUCGAGAAUCUCGUGAUACCUUUGCGCGCACGUUUUACACAGAAGAAAGCUGAAUCCGGAUUUCCAAGUGCAAGAGAUUUAGACACAUUGUUUCCCCCAUGCCUCGACAAAAUCCUAGAGGUUAAUACAAGAUUUUUGGCCGAGAUAGAGUUGGGGGGAAUUGAAGAAGUAGCGAAAGUUUGCUUAAAACAUUUUCCCGAAUUUAAGGACUGUUAUGCGGAAUAUCUACGAGCGUCUCCAGAGUUCGCACAAUUGCUUGGAAAGUUUUCAAAAGACAAGCAUUCAUCAUUCUCGAAAAGGGUUCAACAAACUGGCGAACAGAAGCUUCGAUCACUCAUUAUUGAGCCUGUUCAAAGACUGCCUCGAUACGCACUCCUCAUAGACAAUAUGCUUAACUCCAUUCCACUUGACCAUCCAUCUUUGAUCAUACUAAUGGAAGCUCGGGAAAUAAUUACUGAGAUUUGCUCACUGCAAUCAUCUGAUAUCGAUGAGCGUUCCCAAACAACAAAGCGUCUGCAAUCAAUAAUAGUUUCUUGGCCUUCCACGCUGAAGCCUUCCGGACGCCUUAUAACUGGGAUUGAUUUCCUUGACGUCCUGCCGCCCUUUAAUGACCAGAAUGCAGACGCAAUUCCUUCCACCAUGCUUCUUUUUGCAGACCGCCUGGUUAUUUUACGUCGGCCGAAACCGAAUUCUAUGCAGGCUCGUGCAAUUAUGGCAGAAGUUGAUAGGCCUGGUGGAGCUAUGGCUGCGAUCGGAAGUGGGACCAAACGAGAAGGGUCAGGCUGUGAUCUUCAAUUCGCAGGCUGGAUGGACCUUUCUGAUGUCAGGAUUGCAGAAAGUGACGGCGGAGAUAUUGUUUGGAUGACCUUGGCAAAGGAUUUAAAUGACAGUUGGGAUGUGCGUGCAGGAGGCAUGGGACUACGGCGAAUGAGGCUUCUAAAUGCAUACGAGGGGCGUGCUACUAAAUUUGCGGAAGAUCUCGUGAAGGCCAAACUGGAGCGUAGAGUCUCUACUAACGGGAAAGGCGUGAUAGGCCUUCGAGAGAUCAAAUCCGAAGGUCUAGGAUUUUGGUCCUGCGUUUGGGGAAGUGAAACCCGAUACACUGCUGAGAAGAGGAAAGGGGGGGUAGUUGUCUACAUUGAUGACGGUGGGGGAGGUGGAGGAAGCGGGAAAUGGGGAAAGGAGCUCACUGAAAGGAUAGGGAAACAGGGUGUUGAUAUUGUAGUAUCCGUGGAGGAAAUCGCGGGGAAUAAAAGGGUGUCAUCGCUACUCAGACUUCACUCACUCCCACAACAUCCCCCGUUGACAUCGGCGCUGAUGUCCGCGAACCGGAAGCUGUUGAGAGCUUCGGGUGUUCCAUUUGAUGGUGAGAGUAGGUUCAGCAGGCUUAGGCCGCCGAGCCCGGUGAAGCUAUUCAGUUCAUUCCUGGGAAGUAACAACAAUAACAACAAUAAUGCUGCUAGUGGUGUCCCGGGUUCCCCUAAUAAGCGACCUGUUCUUCUGGACCGGACCCAAUCUCAAAUGCUUCCCCCGAAAGUGGAACGUACCCCGAGUACCAUUCAGAAACGGCAAACCGUCAUGGGGGUUGAAAACUGGAGUCUUGAAGACAUCAACGACUAUGAGGAAAGAACGGAUGUGAGCAUCACAAUGGCGAACGAAAGCCCAUUAAAGCGGUUAGAGGAGACAUUUGAGGCCUUCAUUGUUGCACUUCGGAUGUUCUCUUCUGCUGAUGCCGACCUUGACCCACUCCGUGAAAUGUACGGAGUUGACAAUAUUGCAGUAGAGGAAUUUCUCGAGGACAUGGUUCACAAUCCCAAGGGUGUGAAAAUAGAGAUAGAUCUUGGUGUCGACGUCGUAUUUGAAGCAUUCCGUCGCUUUCUCCGCGGAGAAUGGAAAGAUGGAAUGGGGCCUGUCAUUGCAGAAAAGGCCCUGGCUGAGCUACAGAGUAAAAGCGAAGAGCUAUAUCCCGGGGAUUUCGAAGACUUUUUCAAGAUAUUUGUGCUAGACUGGACCCCGCAGAACAAAAGGGCUUUUCGAACCAUAGUCAUAUUACUUAGAGCUAUGCAGGGUCGAGUUCAAGAUGCUGAUGAUAAAGGACUGCUCACAAAGGCAUUUACUGAGUUAUUGGUCUUUGAGGACUCGGAUCCAUUCGAUUUCAUGCCGCUCGUGGAUAGAUUGGUCGAGGAAGCAGAUAGCCUUUUUAACGAUACGAUGAAUAGCAAUCAAGGUGAAGUGGUUAAUGGAAAUGGAGCGUUCGUCAAACGGCACAAAUCGGUCACCAGUGUUACUUAUUCAACUACGUCGCUGCGGAAGAGACUUGGGCUGAGCCAUAACCCAACGAGAGAUCCGUACAGUGCUGAUGGUAAGAGCAGUGUAUGGAGGACGCUCAGUAAGAGUAGCAGGCUAGGACAGGAUACACAUAAGGGUCACUUAGCAAGGAGUAAAUCGACAGAUUAUGAUGCUAGACCUUAUGUCCAACCAGCGGGCAGGCCAUCUUCACGAGACAGUCCAAAUCUCUUGAAUGCUUUCAGCAAUCCUAUGUCGCCGGCGCUGCCGCCUCUACGGCCCCUUUCAUCAGUCAUUCCUCCCCCACAUCCGUCUCCGGAAAAACCACUCCCCGUAGAACCUCCCAAUCUGGGAGUACCUAGCACUCCCAGCGGUGCUCCUCGAAGGAAGCGUAGAAGCUCCUUGAGUGACCUCACCAAUCACCCUGACUAUCAACCAAUUCUACCACCAAUGAGCUCAACUCCCGAUCACCCUGAUCCCCUCCACUUGCCUGAUCCCGAACCUCUUCGAUUCCCUGACCCUGAGCCUCUUCGAUUCCCUGAUCCCGAACCUCUCCGCUUCAGUCGAAACACACCUGAUCAUCCAGACCCUCUGCGUUUUCACAGAUACAACACACCAGACCAUCCAGAUCCUCUCCGUCUCAACAGACACACAGGUACACCUGAUCACCCAGAUCCACUUCGUCUCAGCAGACAUACAGGCACCCCAGAUCAUCCUGAUCCCCUCCGAGUCAGCAGGCAAACUCCAGACCACCCAGAUCCUCUACGCAUCAAUCGCCAUACGCCCGAUCAUCCAGACCCUCUUCGCCCUAAUAGGCAUACCCCAGACCAUCCAGAUCCCCUCCGUGUCAAUAGACAUACGCCUGAUCAUCCGGAUCCUCUCCGCAUCAACAGGCAUACACCUGAUCACCCAGACCCCCUUCGCCUCACCCCUAGAACACCAGAUCACCCCGAUCCUCUUCGUCUGACCCGCAGUAACGGGCUCCGCAAUCGUAGUCGUACUACGGUGAGCCCCCCGCAGAGGGCAAAUACACCACCACAUACACCUUCAACCCCAGGCCGCUCUAACUCCCGCCUCAGUGACCGGAGCAACGAGAUUUCAACUCGCCGUGGAACCACCGGGAAUACUGGGGCCGCCUCAAGCCCUGGCCCCCAGCGUCUCAAAAUGCAGAGCACACAAAAGCUCCGAGAACGGCUAUUGUCAGAAAAGCAGGCCAUCACUCGAGUUGAGAGCGGGCUACAGCGCGAAAUCGACAAAAUUGGCGAGGAGCUGAGCAUGGCCUCUCGUCUUUCCGGCCGUGGUACUGCUCACUCGGCUGCUAUCAAAGAGCUCACAUCGCGAAUCUCUCAGCUCGAGUCUCGAAUUCCAGAGAUAAAUGACUUGACCAAUAAUCUAGAGACCGUGACGAAUAAGUUAGAGAUCGAAAGAAAUAAAUUCGAAAUUACUCUUGAAAAGAAGAACAAGGAAUUAGAGGGGCUUGUGGAGGUGUGGAAUGAUUGCUUAAAUGAGAACGAUGUCAUGUUUGAGACUUUCAAUAAGGAGUUGGAAGUGCGGGUGGAGCAGGGGAAGUUGAAGAGAGAGAAUAUGAGAUUGAGGAAAGAAAAUAGUGGACUCAAGGCACUAGUGGAGGUAACGGAAGUGAAAGAGAGGUCUUUGGGGAGUCCGAUGCACGGCAAGUGA